ACCUUCAACUUUGACCUUUCGAUCACAUGCUCAGGGGGAAUUCCACAGCUAAUUUGAUUCGCUAUAAUGUAUCUUUUAUACAAUGGGUCGCCUUCAAGAAAAUAAUGACCACAUUCACAAUCAAAUACUAUUCGAUUAAAUACAAUAUUAUCACUCUAUUAGGCGACUAAAGGCAGCUUUUGGCACUAUGUCAAAAUACCCAUGCUGACACUUGAUCUGUGUGCAUAACAGUUGGGGUUCCUGCUAUAUUUGUCACAAACUGUAUUUGCUUCCUUGGUUAGCCUGUCAAAAACACUGUCAAUGGUCGCCCUGAAUCGACGUUACUGGGGGAGAUAUUGAAUAAUUUAUCACCAAGUCCACCACAGUACCUCCACCACAGUACCUCCACCCUCCUCCCAUCAUGGACCUGUAUGAGGUCUACACAGGAAGCAGGCUGGAUGUCAUCACUGAGGAGGUGCUGAGUGGAGACGAGGAGCAUGGAGAGGAGCACCAGGAGGAGGUGAAGGAGGAGGAGGUGAACAGGGAUCUCCCUACCAAAGAGGCCUUCGUAGUGGUGUCAGAGAGAACAGAGACUAGAGAGUUGUCCUCUACCUCCCAGCGUUUCUCCACGGAUACCAACGACUCUCUAAGGUUUGAGGCGUAUGUCCCGUCUUCAGAUGAGGAGGGAACUCCAUCACCUGACAGCUCUGUGGACGGACACGAGGACGUGUUUGAGGAGCACAAGGAGUCGGAGGCAUUGUUUGGCGUGACGGCACAACAGAAGUUGAACAAGGUGAAUAACAUCAGGACUAAGCUGGAGGAGAAGGUGGUGGAGAUGGAGAACUUUGCAGGACAUCUAGAAGAGAUCUUCCUCACUGUGGAGGAGAAUUUUGGUCGUCAGGAGCAACACCUGGAGCAGCACUGCAACGAUGUUCUACAGACGUUAUCCCAUCGUUACGACGAGCGAGCCGCUGCGCUGGGGGAGGAGAAGAAGAGGAAGUUGGAGUCCUUGUACACUCAGCUGCUGGGCUGCGGACGCACCCUGGACGCAUCCAAGGACCUGAUUGAGACCGCCCAGGAACUGUACCGCACCGAGGACAAACGACUCUUUCUACAGGCUGUUAUGCCCACCAUGAAGAGAAUUGAGGAGUUUGCAAAGGAGAAGCCUGACCUGACGCUGGUGACCCCUCUGGAGUUUGACAUGCCCCUCGCUGACCUGUCAGACGUCAAGACCAUGAUGGACUCCAUCAACAUCGUACCAGCCCCAUCUGCCCCGGUCAUCAACCCCCAGGUGUCUAACUCAGCCACGCGCACGUCUCUGCGUGUGUGCUGGAGCCUGUUCUCAGACGACUCUGUGGAAUACUACGAGCUCUACUACAGACCUGUCCUGGAGGACACACCGGCUGCAGACAGCACCAAGGGGCCUGAUGUGUUUAAUGUGAAGGUAAAGGAAACCCACUGUAGUGUAGGAGAGCUACUACCUAACGUGCAGUAUGAGUUCUGGGUCACAGCUACCAACACUACAGGCAUCAGCCCUGCCAGUGAGAAGGCUGUCUACGUGACAGUCCCCUCUCCACCAGUCAUCAGACAGAGGGAGUGUAGCAGUUGUCCGGAAGCCGCUCUGAUUCGCUGGGAGUCAGGAAACACCAACCCAGUCGACUCCUACACCGUAGAGCUGAGUGAGACGGGCACUGAUGGACAGAGUGGGGUCAAUGAGUCCAUCGUGGCUGUUCCUACCUGUGAGAGUCUGAUCCAGCUGCAGUCAGGAAGACAGUACCUCAUCUACGUCAGAGCUGUCAACAUCGGAGGACCCAGUGACAGGAGCGAGGCUUUUACCGUCUCUACUACAGGAACCAUCUUCCACCUGCUGCAGGACACAGCCCACCCCUGUCUGUCCAUCUCUGAGGACGGCUUCUCCAUGUUCUACGGAGACGAGGAGCUCCCGCUCUCCGCCAUGACCUUCGAUGACAACACCUUCGCCAGGUGUGUAGCUGUGUUAGGGGACCUAAUCCCUGUGAGAGGCAGGCAUUACUGGGAGGUGGAACUGGAGGAGGACACAGAGUACAGGAUUGGAGUGGCCUAUGAAGAUACUCAGAGAAACUCCUACCUGGGAGGAACUAAUACGUCCUGGUGCAUGAGACAUGUCCUCACCCCAUCCAGACACAAGUAUGAGUUCCUCCACAGCGGCUGGAGCCCAGACAUUCGGAUAACGGUGAACCCUGUGAGGAUAGGGCUCAGUCUGAACUAUGAGAGAGGGAUCCUGUCCUUCUUCAACGUAGACCUGGAACAACACCUCCACACCUUCUACUGUAGCUUCCUACACUACGUUCAUCCCUGCUUUGCUCUGGACAACCCCGGUGCGCUCACUGUUCGCACUGGGGUAGAGGCACCGCAGUAUGUCCACUUGGUCUGAGCUUACCUACCACGAUGUACAUUAAAAACACACAGAAUACAGGUGUAUUGUCCAUGGAAACAUC